AUACGCCGGAAGUCACUCCGACAAUGAACAUGAGCUUCGUGUCCAUCGACACGGGUGGGUAAGUGGUGAAUCCAUUCUUUCCGUAAUGUUCAAUCACCACACCUCUGCCAGCUCAUAGCACAGCGUCAUGACACACACACACACCCGAUGUUGUGUUUGAAACGUCAACAAGAGACGAUUGAUGGGCAAGCUUGAAGAGACAAUCGUAUGUAUGUAUGUACCAGGCAGCCCGCAUGGUCCGCUCUCUCCUUUGUUCUUCUUCACUCUGGACAGACAUUAGUAGCUGCUUCAUGCUCACCUGCUACCUUACCAUCCAUCAUCCACCCCUCAUACUUCCACCAGCACAAGCCCAGAUCAACGCUCACUCCAGCUCAGUCGCCCGGCCUGAAGACGCAAUAGCUCAAUUCCACGAUAACCACGGUCCACUCCACUCCUCACAACUCUCUAUCUCCCUCACCCCUCAAACCAUACCAGCAGCAACCCAGACACAACCCACAACCCCAUCCCUCACCCCAACCACCAAAUAAAAACCAAACCCCAGCAACCCCACAACACCACAUCCAAAAAAUGCCAGAACAAUACCU